CAAUGCGCGGAGGACCAUUUACACUUUGUCGAAGUGCCCCAAUCGCCUCAUUUCUGUGGUAAAGAACACGUUUGUAUUGGCCAUUCUUGCUCCGUGAAAGAGGGACGUUGCCAAAAAUCCAAGACAGUUCAAGCCCCAUGCGCUAUCCGCAUUCCAUCAAAACGUCAUUUUCACGAUGAAUCCCAUUUCUGUGGAAAUGUUCAUUACUGCAACCAGAAAUGUCCUUGUGGGUGCGUUGAAGCGUGCGCAAAGAAAAUGCAGUUUCCAGAAAAUGCAAUUUCAAAAAUUCGUUUUGUGAAACAUGUCGGAUUUUGUAGUACAGAAAAACAUACGUUUGCUGACUCACCAGUAACGGGACUCGAUCAGAUUCUGAAUAAAUUAGAAGUUUUAGUCAAGCAGAAAACGGCAGUCGGAGUUGAGGAAAUCGCAAACGAUGCGUCAGUAGCUGGUAGUACAGCAGCAAUUACUAAUGAGUAUCGGCAAGAGUGGAGUGCAAAAGAGUCUGGAAAACACGAAAUUUCAAGACAAAGUACACUUCGUUUGUGUGAAGUUGUUAAAGGACAAGUUGUGGUUACACGUCAGCUUCUAAUUCCUUUAAUUGCUGCUUUCAAGUCGAUAAAGAAUCGUGACAACGCAUCAGAAUCGCGUUGGGAACAAAAAUUGGAAACCUGCAUAAGCGGAGUCAUCAAAGUGCGUAUUGACAGUGUAAAGGAAUGGAUUCGUAACGAGCUCCCAAGAAAUGAGUGCUUAAACUCAUACAUUGUUACGUCGUCGCUGAACAGAUUCAAAGAACGCUGCAACAUUGAGAUAUUCGACUGUCUUAAAGGGCAAUGGAAGUUGUGUUCUCAAAUCUGCUCCCAACGGGAAAAAGACUGUGAAAGAUGUCAAAGAACUUGCCUAAAACUUGCAAUUGAAUGUGCUAGUAAUGCCAAAAGUGUAGACUGUAACUGCCUUGAGGAAGAUCAUCGAUGUAGAGAAGACUGCUCACAAUGCCUAAUAGCGUUUGGUUUGCAAAAGGAAAGGAUUAAAUCGUUGAAGACCCGCUGCCGCCUUGGGGCAAGGCACAAAGACAAGCAACACUAUUGCUACAGAACAGAGCAUCCAUGCCCAGAGAGGUGCAUAAAGUCUAUGGCACGAUGUUGCCUCGGAAAUUGCGCAUUCAGAAUCGAAAAUCAUCCAAAAUUUCAUCUGUGUAGCUUAGGUGCUAAUCACAAAUGCACAAAGCUUUGUUCAGCGGUGGAAUGCAACAAUCAGUGUGACAUGGAAUUCGAGCACCACCUAAAGCAAACGCACGACUUACACUUUUGUGGAGAACGACAGUGCGCUCAAAAGUGCAGCCUUUCUGGGUGUUCUCGUCGCUGUGCGAGUAAAGAUCAUUUCCAUGGCCUAGAUAGACGUCACAAGCACAAGCAUCGAUGUGAUAAGCAACGGCACUACUGCUAUGAGACUUGCAGUGUUCCAGGUGGACGGUGUUUCGGUCGGGUUGAGGGGCUUAGGAAUCCUUGCGUCGUAACCAUUGACGAUAGCGGUAUAUCACAUCAAGGACCCCACCAUUGCGGUCAAACUCACUUUUGUAGCAAUCGCUGUCCUUGUUGUGGUGCAUUUUGUAGCAAGCCUUUAGUCCCUGUCAACCAUAAGUUAGGCUAUAUUGAUCGGUUCACAAAACACAAAAGCAUCUGCAACACCGACGCUCAUCAAACGGCCAAAAGACUGGCCAUUGUAAAUUCAUUGGGAUACGAUGAAUCUUCUUGUGAAGGUGAUUGGUGUGGCAACGUAUGCGAUCGUCUUGGGAGAGGCCAUUGUCAUUUAGUCGAAUGUAGAAAAGGACAAAUAUGCACAGGGCAUCACGUUACAAACUCAAAAGGUGUGCUGAUAGAUCUAGUUCGACAUGACAUGUUUUGGAAAGAUUAUGCUCACUUUAGUGAUCCUUGCAAAGACAAAAGGAAGCAAAUAUUGUUUAGUUUGUGUCCGGCGUAUUGCUCUUCAAAAGCAGAGAGGGAACUAAAACCAAAUAGCGAAAGCUUCUGUAAAGGCCAACUUUGGCAUCAUGAUUAUUUAGACCCUGUAGGCAAUUCUGGUCAUGUUGUGGAAGGACACUACUUUGGAUGUCGUCAUUAUAAACACAUAAUUGUGGUUGUUGACUGUUCUGAGUCUAUGGCUCGAUUGCCAAUGAAUUUGACUCCGGAAGUCAUUCAAGCAGUAAAUCAGACAAAAUGUGGGCAAAUGUCACCUAAUCAACUGUAUCAAACGCUUGCUAGCAUGGGACCCACCCGUUUGAAUACCGUAAUAUCGGUUUCAAUAGACUUUCUAACAGAGCUAAAGCCAUCAUCGCAAGAUUGUAUCAUCUCGUUUAUAUCAUUUUCUGACACUGCAAGACUUGUCGUAAAUAGUGUUGGAGUUGAAACUGCUUGCCAGCAGCUCACCACUUCCAAUUGGACCCAAAUGAACGAAGGAGGCACUCAAUAUCUUGCCGCUAUUCGCCAAUUAAAUUUACUUAUCAAUUCUCAUUCGUAUCAAUUUUCUAUGGGACGACAAUAUCGUCAUUAUGAGCCCGCAGUAUUUUUUCUGAGCGAUGGAGAAACUGAAGAAUUUGGCCUCGGUUAUGAGGUUAGUCAGUUAGUGGCACAACAUAAAGCUACCUUCAGUACUUGUCUGUUUGGAAGUGACAGCAUUGAAGCUCAGCAGGUUUUGACCAUUAUGGCUGAAAGUGGUCGUGGAAAGUUUUACCAAGCUCCGACCGGCGCUGUCCUGAGAGCUAACCUUCACGAUUUCAAAGCUUGCCUCUAUAAGACGAAAGCCAUCGGUGGAUAUUGAUAGUAUAGUGUGCACCAGUGAUACUCUAGCUGCAAACUUUUCGUUAUUAUUAAAUGUGCUUUCUAACGUCAGUGCUUCUCUAUGUAUUUAACAGUACUGACAGUUUAUCGCUGGUAUUUUAAUUCUGUAGUUGGUUCAGUUGCUAGCAAUUGUGGUAGGUGACUUCUUCUAGAGAGCUAGCAAGAGCGUGCAGAUUUUGCAUCCGCUCUUGUAGUCUAAAUGACUCUACACUAAAUUUCUGGUUUACGAAG